AUGUCUGUCAAAAAGCCCACCAACUACAAGCUCUGGGCCAAGAUGCUCGUUGGAACCAAAGCGCACAUGCUAACGCGAGGUCUCUCCAGCGGCGCCAUCAUGUGCGUUGGCGGCCCCAUGCUGACCGUCUACGUGAUGCCGACCGACGAGGAGCUGUUCCAGAGGUACAACCCGGAGCUGCAAAAGCGCAGUUUAGAUCGCCGUGAGGAGCGCCAAGCCGAGUUCAACGAAUGGCUGCAGAACCUGAAGCGGCAGUCCAGGAGCAACAAGCCCAUCUGGGUCGUACAAGAGGAGGAGGCUCGCGAAGCCAAAGAAGCCAAGGCGAGCCAGACUCUGCGUCUUGCCGAAGAGGCCAGGGCACAGCGGGAUGCCAUGCGCAAGGAAGCCGGUCUGCCGCCGGAGACUACCACGAAGCGCUAA